AUGGAUGCUGAUGAAUUAGAAUUGAAAGGACAUUUGAAAAAAUUGAAAAAAGAGGAAUUGCUCAAAAGAAAACAGUCUAAAGAAAAUGAUAUUCAGAAAAGAGAGCUUGAAUAUAAGAAUGCUUCAAAAAAUACCUCAAUAUAUAUUUCUGAUCUUCCUACGGACAAAAUAACAAAAGAAGCGCUCACUGAGCAGUUCUCCAAGUAUGGAAGGAUAAGGACUAAUCGAGAUGGGGAACCCCUUUGCAAGCUAUACGUGAAUGAUAAAGGCGUUUCCAAAGGGGAUGCUUUAAUCACUUAUUCUAAGGAAGAAAGUGUUACGUUAGCAAUCGAAAUGAUGAACGAGUCAACCUUUCUGGGAAAACAGAUCAAAGUCGAAAGAGCCCAGUUUCAAGACAAGGAAGGUGACAAUAUGCACGUGAAAGAAGAUAAUUUACAGGAGUUCAGCGGAUCUGAACCUCCAAUGAAGAAGCUUAAAAAAACAAAAUCUGAAAAAGAGGGGGAGGUUAUAGACUACAAUGAUGAUGAAAGCCUAGCUAAAGCUGAUCAAACCGUGAUAUUUGCCAACGUAUUCAAUAUUUACAAAUUAUACACAAAUGAUGAUAUAAAUGAUAUUCAAGAAGAUCUUUUAGAAGGCUGUGAAGAGAUAGGUCAAGUGGACAGUAUUUCUGUAUCUCCCGAUAAGGGAGAAGCAUCGGUCGUUUUCAGGAAAAGUAAAGAUGCAUUACAAUGUUGCAAAACCAUGACCGGACGUUAUUUUGAUGGGCAAAAGUUGCUUGCAUUUAUUUUUGGAGAUGAAAACCCUUCAAGCACAAGUGACGAGAAUAAGGACAGCGAAGUGGAGGAUGAUCUUAUAUAG